GCCAUUUGUUGUUGAGUCUAGGAGCCAACAAGAAUCGAACGUGCGAUUUUAAUUUUCAUCAACUCCCUUCGUUGGCCUAAAAGAUAAACAACUGUCAAAAUGUGUGACGAUGAUGCGGGUGCAUUGGUUAUCGACAACGGUUCGGGCAUGUGCAAAGCCGGCUUUGCUGGUGAUGACGCCCCCCGUGCUGUAUUCCCCUCGAUUGUGGGUCGUCCACGCCACCAGGGUGUGAUGGUGGGUAUGGGUCAGAAGGAUUCGUACGUGGGUGAUGAGGCGCAGAGCAAGCGUGGUAUUCUCACGCUCAAAUAUCCCAUUGAGCAUGGCAUCAUCACCAACUGGGAUGACAUGGAGAAGAUCUGGCAUCAUACCUUCUACAAUGAGUUGCGCGUGGCCCCCGAGGAGCAUCCAGUAUUAUUGACAGAGGCCCCACUGAACCCCAAGGCCAAUCGCGAGAAGAUGACUCAGAUUAUGUUCGAGACCUUCAAUUCGCCAGCCAUGUACGUUGCCAUCCAGGCCGUGCUCUCCCUGUACGCUUCCGGCCGUACCACUGGUAUUGUGUUGGACUCCGGUGACGGUGUCUCCCACACUGUGCCCAUCUAUGAGGGCUUCGCCCUGCCCCAUGCCAUCCUGCGUCUGGACUUGGCCGGCCGCGACUUGACCGACUAUCUGAUGAAGAUCCUGACCGAGCGUGGCUACUCCUUCACCACCACUGCCGAGCGUGAAAUUGUGCGCGACAUCAAGGAGAAGUUGUGCUAUGUGGCUCUGGACUUCGAGCAGGAAAUGGCCACUGCUGCCGCCUCCACCUCGCUGGAGAAGUCGUACGAGUUGCCCGAUGGCCAGGUCAUCACCAUUGGCAACGAGCGUUUCCGUUGCCCCGAGGCUCUGUUCCAGCCCUCGUUCUUGGGCAUGGAGUCGUCUGGUAUUCAUGAGACUGUCUACAACUCGAUCAUGAAGUGCGAUGUUGAUAUCCGCAAGGAUCUGUAUGCCAACUCUGUGCUGUCCGGCGGUACUACCAUGUAUCCAGGUAUUGCUGAUCGUAUGCAAAAAGAGAUCACCGCUCUGGCCCCAUCGACCAUCAAGAUCAAGAUCAUUGCGCCACCUGAGAGAAAGUACUCCGUCUGGAUUGGUGGCUCCAUCCUGGCUUCUCUGUCCACCUUCCAGCAGAUGUGGAUCUCCAAGCAGGAAUACGAUGAGUCUGGUCCCGGCAUUGUGCACCGCAAGUGCUUUUAAAUCUUUCCCGCGUAGCGAAAGA